AUGAGUUUGAUAUUGAUAAUCAAAAUAUAUUCAUAUGGAAAUAUUGAAAAAUUAUCAUCAUUAAAAACAGGAUCUAAUUUAUCAGGCUUUUCAUUCUGGAAUUCGGAACAGGCAUCGACAUAUCAAUGUCCGAUACGAGGAGAUAAAUGGAUCGUCAUCACCACUAUUCAUUAUCCAACACCUGCCAUUCACAAAUUUCUCAACUUAACCACACCUUGGAAUCUCAUCGUUAUUGCUGAUCGAAAAACACCUUCCGACUGGCUCCACCAUCUCACUUCACAUAACUCGUCUGCUUCUUCUUCUUCUUCGUCUCGCCUUCUCUUUCUCUCUCUUCAGCAACAACAGUCCCUUCGUUUUCGUAUCCUCCAACAUCUACCUCACGGAUCCUAUGCAAGAAAAAAUCUUGGCUAUCUCAUCGCAAUACAAUGUGGUGCACAGAUCAUUUUCGAGUCAGACGAUGAUAAUCUUGUCGAAACAGGUGACAUUUUUCAUCUUCCAAAACUUCUCCGACCGCAACAAUUACCCUGGCUCGCAUUUCAUCGACAACGAUCACUCUUCGUCAACAUCUAUGCAUCAUUCGGCCAUCCACACAUUUGGCCACGAGGAUUUCCACUCGAACAGCUCAGAAACAUUACCGAAGAUGGAUGGCAUUCACUUCGACAAAACCAACAAAACAUCACACGCGCUUAUAUUCAACAGUAUCUUGCUGAUCUCGAUCCUGAUGUGGAUGCCAUCUAUCGUUUAGCUCAUCCAAUGACUAUCGGUCGUGUUCUGUUCGAUCGUGAUCAGCCUCCCAUUGCUCUCGAACCGUUCACAUUCUCUCCCUACAACACACAAAACACCGUCACACACUACGAAGCAUUCUGGGGCUUGUAUCUUCCUGUGACAACAACAUUUCGUGUUUGUGAUAUUUGGCGAGGCUACUGGGUUCAGCGUCUUCUGUGGGACAUCGGUGGUCAUCUCAUCUUCGGUCGAUCAACUGUUGAACAAGUGAGAAACAGUCAUUCAUACAUCGAAGAUAUGGAUGAUGAGUAUCAAUUGUAUCAUCAAUCUGCUUCGUUUGUUCGUUUUCUUGCAUCAUGGUCAUCAUCGAAUCCUUCGUUAGUGGGACGAAUUCGCGAAUUAGCACGUGACAUAAGUCGAGGUGGAUUUUGGAAAUGGAAAGAAGUCGAGAUCAUGGAUGCAUGGCUGGAGGAUCUUCGUUCAAUUGGUUAUAAAUUUCCACCGAUUAUUAAACCACCACAAAAAUUACCAUCUACUGCUGUGAAACAGAAACGAGCAGCAAUAUGUGCAACUGGUAUUACCGAAUGUAUUUCUGAAGCAUGGACUACCACUUAUAUCAAUCUUCGGCAACGGUUGCAUGGAGAAAUCGAUACAUUUCUUUUCCUUUCUUCGUCAUUGAAACGUGGACCGGUCCCAUUAGCGACACGUUUAAAGCAGGCACGUUUAUAUAUGAACUCAACUGUGACUAUACUUUAUGAAGAUCGAGACAUCAAUCCAGGUAUUCCUCCAACUUGUAAUCCUGAAUUUCAACUUCCGAAAUAUGCUCCUAUACCUGUUCCCAAUUAUUUCCAACAACUGUGGUCACUUAAUGAAUGUUAUGAUCUUGUCAGAGAAUAUGAACAAAGAUUUAAUAUUCGUUACCAACUAUUAAUCCGUUCCCGUAUUGAUACGCUAAAUCGUAUGCCGGAAACAUUCGAACGUGACGGCAUCCAUAAUGUUAAUAAAACCAUAAUUGUUCCACCACAUCGUUAUUUUUCAGGUAUCGAUGAUGGUUUCGCUUUAGGUCCAAUUGAACUUAUGUCUCACUACAUGAAACGAUGGUUAAGCUUUCGACAAUGCCCACCCGAUAGAAACUUUCAUCCUGAAACCUAUCUGAAGAAUUAUUUAAACAGGUUUACUAACGUUACUAUCGACCAUACGAUUAGUGGUGCCGCUGAUGCCAUACCACAUGGUCAUAAUAAUUGCCACUAA